CUUGGUUUCGCAGGUACCAUUUGCCCUGCGGGCUUAUUUAAGUUUGUUUACGUUUUACAAAGUAUUCAUUUAGUUGGUUUGCCAUUGAAAUUUGGCUGUCGUGGUGUUUUCAGUGCUUCAAUUGUUGGUUUAAGUUUUAUUAUUUGCACGUGUUUCCUGGUGCAAUUGGAUAAUUAUGAAGAUAUUUAAUUUUGCACUUCUUUUACAUUUAGCUCUCUAUGCAAGUGUGGUUGGGCUCUCUAUAGAUGAUGUGCCCCAGAACACAACAGACCCAUGGUCGCCAAUACUACUGGACCUACCCCUGGCCGCCGGCGCCAGUCAGCAACUGCAUAUAGCUGGUAUCCCAGCCACUGCUCAGCUGGUGCUCGUGCAGGCGCACGUGCAGCGUGGCACCGUCAGCCUCGAGCAGGCGGCCGCCGACGGCAGCGGCCCAGAGUCUGUGACCGGUCCACAUGUAGGCCUGGUGAACCGGCUGACCGGCGGCAGCUCGACAGCCACGGUGACGGUCACCAACGAGGGCCUCGACAGGGGCACCGUGCUGGUGGUCGUCACACUUCUGCCCAACUACACCCCUAUACCUGGCGGCUGCAGCCAGGUAGAGGACGUCCCCGACGCGCCCUUCUUCCGUGUGCAGACCGUACACGACGCGUACAGCCUCUUCAACGUACCCAGAGCGCAACUUGGCGUUGACAGGGGUAUGGGUUUUACGUGUGACUCGGCGCGCGGAUCGAUGGAGUACUAUGCGUACGUCAUGUACCCCUCAUACAGCCUGCGAGAUGACUACGACACGUUCAAGGACGCUAUCGCCAGCAUGCUGCAGCCGGAUGACAUGGAGGACAAUGGUUACAUGGUGGACAGUCGGGACCCGCUGUACCCACUGCGGUACACGUUCGCCCUGUACCGCGGGUACUCGGUGGUGUACGGCGCCGCGGUGACGGGCGUACCGCCGGGCCGUGCUCCCGCCACGGCCGCCUACGUCCCGGCCGUGCUGCACGGCUGCCCCGUGUUCGGCGGGGACGACCCCGAGUGUCCGCCAGAGAUUGCGCUUUAUUUCUACCUGACGGCCGCCCUGCUGUUCGUGAGCGGUGCACUGCUGCUCACGGUGGCCGCUCGUGAGCUGAGUCUGCACGUGGUGCUCACCACGGCCUUGCCGGUGGCGGCUCUCGCCGUGCUGGUGUUCAGGCUGCUCACCUGGGAUGAGCCGAAUGUGACGCUGGCCAUCGGGUUCGUCGUGGGCCUGCUGGCCGGUCUCGUGUACGCCCGACAGCACACGGUCGGCGGAUGGAGCCGCGGCCGUAUGACCCUCGGUACUGCUCUGCUGUUCGGGGCCACCCUCGGAGCCGUGAUACUCUUCGUACCAGAUCUGCAGCUGAUGGAGCUCUCUGCUGACGCCGUGUUCUGGCCCGCGUUUGUGCUGUUUACGCUAGCAUUCACGCUCAUCGUACUGAUCCCGGGACUGGAGCUGUGUAUCGUAGUGACCCGGUGUAUGCUUGGCUCGGCCUGGAUUAUGCUCAGCCUCGCCAUGCUUACCGGCUCAGUCACCAUCUACAUUUUCUCCAACCUGUUCCGACGAGCCAUCUAUCCCGAGUUCAAAUACGCCAACCUCCAGAUGCGGUUUCUCGCCCAGGACUACGUUUGCGUCUCAAUAUUCACCCUCCUGCUGCUCGUCUCGCUGUCUCUGUCCCUCGUGGCACUGUACCGGGGCGGCUCAGCGGCCGGCGCCCCCCGUCCUCCGGCACAGCCCGGCCGACGCGCCCGCCACUGGGCCGAGCGACAUCGCCUUCUGCCCGACGACCGGCAGCACCUACUUGGUGGGACGUAUGGGGCUACGGCGCCCCAUUCGCCGCCCUCGGCCUGAGAGGUGGGCUGGGACAGUCGGAGAGGGGAGGGAUCAGCCUGACGGGCUGCAUUGGUCAGCUAAAGACAAGUAACAAAGGGUCGGCUGGAGGUAUGGGGUUGGGUCUGACUUGCAGGCGGGAAUCGGUUGGCCUGAGAGGCGGGCGGAGGCCAGCCCGUCGAUUUUCAGUCUGCUAGGCGCGUGGGUAUCCGUCUGAGAUGCACCGGACAUGGGUCAGAUGUUUGUUUCAGUCCUCUCUCGCGAUGAUUGCGAUUUUCUAUUCCCUCCUUAUGGUGCUGUUUGAGUGUUGCAGGAUUCUCAGUCAUUCAUGAACUUUGCUCUCUUGGCCCGUGCAACGUUCUCUUUUCUUUUCAUAGCCUACAACGCAUGACAGGUGAAAGUAUUAUAGAACACGUAUCAAAGCAUCUCAUUGACACGUGUGUGCCAACCAUCAUUGGUGUACUUGUUAGUUGCUUGCCUUUUUCCUUGCCCUUUUCUUAAAAUAGUUAGGUUUGGAGCACAAAAAUUGUGCCUCGAACUGAAUGGUAUCGGGAGAAGUUGAAGGAGAUUUGGGCAUCCUAUGAUAGCAUGACCUUCGAGCUGUUCUCGAUUUUGCCGUUUCAAGAAUACCUACCACCUAAGUGAUGCCAGACUGGGCCAGCCUUUUUUAGGCGUGCACUUUUUAGGUGUUAUGUUAUUUGCAGGAGGCGAGUCAAUCUCUCACCAGUGGUGUAUGACUAGCUUUUUUGUCAAGCCCUCUUCCACCAGGGCUUGGUUACAUUGUCCUACAUGACACUCAGCCAUCAGUUUUGGUAGCCCCUUGUACACAUAUUUUAUACUAUUAUACCCUUAUACCUGUGUACUUAAACCACCCACCCCAGUAAUUGUACGUUAACUUGGCUUUGCUAUUUUCUUUGUGCCUCGGCAUCGCCGCUGUCAAAAAUUGAAGAAAUCCAGCCGCAUUUCUUUUCUGAAUUACUAUCCUUAACGGCUUGUGUAAUGACGUCACUCUCCCUUGUAGUUGGUAUGCGGAUACUGGUUUAGUGUUUUCUUCACUCAAAUAAGUGCAGCUUGUAACUGCGGAGUCUACAAAGACAGCAGCAGGGUAUGCACCGAUUUGCAGUAUUGUCCGGAAGAAGGGAAGGCUUCUGUCGUUUUGUCUUUUGUAUCGUGCAUCGCAUGCUCCUUGAUCCAUGCAGGGAUUGGCCGUAUUUGGCUAUAAUCAAAACACAAUGCAGCAGCGGUUUGGUUGGCUGCAAUACGUACCACCUAUUUCUGUGAAUCCCAUUGCUAUUAGCUGUUAUUACCGAACAUUUUCGCCGGCUGCCCGUUCUAACAUGAGGUGUCACGGUAGCUGCUGCCACGCUACUUCUCGUGUCGUGUCAGCAGUUACCAUGCUACUGGGCGGGGCUGUGCCGCGUGCCUGACUUCCUGAAUCACUGGCGGCCCUGUCCGCGUCCGCCCUGCACCCGCCGACAUCCGUCCCGCACCCUUUGUACACCCGUUCUGUACCCUCCUCUGCCGGAUACUCGAACUGCAUCCGUUUAUCGUUCUUUUACAUUUGUACUGUCCCAAACCUCUUUUUGUAACCAUGCUGUAUAACUGCUCCCGCACAUUAUCGUUAAAUAAUUUUGCAUCCGCCAUUGCCUUAAUCUCACGGCUGUAUCAACUGCAAGCAGCUAUGGGCUCCGUACCGUACUCUGUGAGGCCUUUUGUGAUGCGCUUUGCGCUGCUGAGUUUCUUUCUCGCGCACCGCACUGCGCACCUGAAGUGUAGGGAGCCAACUAGCGUGGAAUACUUGCAGAUGGGGUUUCACGGGUCGCAAAUCUGCAAUCGGUGGUUGCAAUGAUGCGAACGAGGGAGUAACAUGCGUAAGGUGCCUAGCAGAACUUACAUGUUCAUCUGCUGCUGACAUUUCCACUUGCGGUCCUCUACGUGCCGCUGUGCAUUUGUGCUGAGUCGUUCUUCUGUUGGCGAGUGCGUCUUUUUGUGCAACUAGUGCACAUGCAGAUAUUUUUUGCUUACGCUCUAUUGGUGUACCGAGGAAAGCUAUGUGAUAUUGUGUGAUGCGAAUGUCUUGUGUGGAUAACGACACUGACAAUAAUGCGAUGGUCUGGUUUAGGAUAUAGUGUAGUGUGUGUGCGGCUACGAUAUACCUUACUUUUGCACCAUGACUGCAGCUUAUUAAUCCCAUCAUUAAUCGUGUAUAAUUGUUUCUUGAACUCUGCAGCUUAUUAAUCCGAUCAUCAAUGGUGUAUAAUUAUUUCUCGGACUCCAGCUCUUUGAGAUGGCUUAUGGGUGGGUUCUGACUUCUGACUAAUAACUAUGUACACAUUUUAGCGAGUUAAUAUCAAAUUGGUUCAUUAUCCAUCCGUCGCGAAACUGUGCCAUAUUUGCUGUCUUGCAUGGGACCAACAGUCUUUGUAAGAAUAAGACUUGGCCUUAAUGUCUGAGCUCGAGUGAUUGUCUUUCACGAAUUGAUUCCAUAUCUGACAGGUGCUAAUGCCGGCUGUUUUAGUGCCACGGUAUGUUUACAAUAUCGCCAAUCGCAUUAUCGCGUAUCGCCAGCAUGUUACGCGCUGUGCACCGAAUGUCACAUUUGUAGCCCUACAUUGUAGCGCCCAUUGUAAUGGUGUUGUCUGAAAGGUGAUACAUCUGUUAUGGUUUUGCCGUAUCAUUAACAGUUGAAGCGUAUAAUCUGGAUGAAUGGAGCGGGUAUAUGUACGCACAAAUACACGGACGUAUAACGUA